AUGGCUGCUCCUGCUACAAAGACGAUCGCCGACCUCAACGGCAAGUGGGUCAUGAACAAGACCCUCUCCGAUUCUCCGGAGCCUGCUCUCGCCCUCCAGGGCAUCGGUUGGAUGACCCGCAAGGCUGUCGGCCUCGCCACUGUCACCCUCGACGUCAAGCAGUACACCGCUCCUCCCUCCCCUCCCGGCACCGGCACUGAGCCCGUCACCCACUUCGAUAUCGACCAAUUCGCCACGGCCGGCCUCAAGGGCACCACAGAGAAGCGCUGUGUCGACAAUGAGUGGCGUGAGCAUUCCGACUGGAUGUUCGGCAGCGUCCGUGGCCAGAGCCGCUGGAUGACCCUCGCCGAGAUUGAGGAUGAGUUCCUCAAGAAGGGCUGGCUCGAGGGCGACGCCGAGGCCACCGGUCCCGAUGGCAAGGCUCACCUCUACAGCCACGUCGAGAGCAUCGACAACGGCUGGACUGCUUCCCAGAUCUGGGGCUUCCAGACCGUCGAGGGCGAGAGACGCUACACUCGCAACGUCCUCGUUCAGAAGGGCGGCAAGAGAGUCGAGAUCCGCCUUGUUUACGACUACCUUCCUUAA